AUGGACUAUGUUGUCCUCACUCCCACUGAACUCAUCUUGUGGAGAGAGAAGACGGGGCCGACGAUACGCAAGGUGACGGAUUUGCUGCUGCGAGGAGGCGCUAUUGGGUUUCUGGAGAUGGAGCGAAACCUGCAAGUGGGCUCGGAGGUGAAAGGCAAACUCUCCUCGGGUAAAAGGCGCGUUAACCCUGUGCUGUUUAAGUCUAUUAUGAGCAAAUCUGGGGUACUGUUGACCCCGGAUGAGUAUAGAAAUCUUCGGACGGCCUACUCGGAUGAGGGAGGUUUUCUCGUAGAUGCGUUCCUCGAGCUUGUCUGCCCCUUGCGAAGCCUUGGAGCUCGUGAGGCGGACAUUCUGCGAGACAUGUGUGCGGAUGGCAUGGGUGCCGCUACUUCCACGUUUGCCUUGGAUGAUGUGGUGCACACGCUUGAGAACGUACUUUCGCCGGGCGAUACCGCCACCGCGGGCGAAAGCGGUGAUACGGCACCGUUUUUUGCAUCUGUGCUGAUGGAACUACAGAUGGUCUUCACCCCUUUGCGGUACCCCAAAGGUUUUGUUCCGCCGCAGGACGUGAUGAAUGCCUUUGCCGCCGUACUUCUCAACAGUGCGGGUGCCGGAGAGUCACUCUUGAAGUGCCUUGCCACGGUGAAGCUGCCCCCCGCAUCCUUAUUGCCUGCUUCACCUGAGCAGUCUCCCCAUGUUACGGCGUCGAGCAACGCAAGUCGGCAGCCGCGCGGGUACGACUACUACACCGACCGCGAUAACCGAGAUGAAUGGAUCUGCGGGAGAGAGGAGGCUCCACCGCGGCCGAUGUAUCAGCGCCACCUUCCCGGUUAUGGGGGACACCUGCCCACGUACAUCAGUAAAUUUGGCCGGUCGUUUCAUCCGAUUGAGGAGUCCAUGCCGGAGCUCUCACGUCCGAAGGCCCAGCCGGGGCUGGUACCUGCCGAUCGCUACGGUCCUCCAGUGGAGUUAAAGGGCACCUGGUUAAAUCGGCACCACUUUAAGCUGGCCUAG